AGCCCGAGCUUCUGAAGCUCCCCCCAAGCUCCCCGAUCCCUCGGGAGAAAACCCCGCUUGUUACCGGGAUGCUCAAAGAUCCCCAACCCUCCAAGAAGCCGCUCGACAGGAUUUUUUGUCCUGGAUGAGUCACUUCCGCUCACAGACUCCCUCCUCCGGAAGCAGGGCCUGAUGUAAACACCAGAGCCGGGCUUCAAGGCCCGGGAGGUCAGAAAACCGGGCCGCAGGCGGCACCAACCGCGGAGAUCGGGUUGGGGGGGGGAUUCGUGGAACAAAAGAACAAAGGCAAGAAGCAACUAGAGCAUGAUCCCAGGGGUUGGUCGGCGUCGUGGGGAGAGGUCCGCCAAAGAACUUAGCCAAGUCGGAAAGAGACAGCAACUUGUGGACAGAAGUUUCUACUGCUUGGAAAUUCAUUUCAACUAUAUCCUGUUCGUUGAUGCGACAGCAAUUCUGGACCAUGUCUCAGCAGCCACUUCGAGGAGUAACUAGCCUACGUUUUAACCAAGACCAAAGCUGUUUUUGCUGCGCCAUGGAGACAGGUGUGCGCAUCUACAAUGUGGAGCCACUGAUGGAGAAAGGGCAUCUGGACCAUGAACAGGUGGGCAGCAUUGGCCUGGUAGAGAUGCUGCACCGCUCCAACCUGCUGGCCCUGGUAGGCGGUGGUAGCAGCCCCAAGUUCUCCGAGAUCUCAGUGCUGAUCUGGGAUGAUGCCCGGGAGGGCAAGGACUCCAAGGACAAGCUGGUGCUGGAGUUCACCUUCACCAAGCCAGUGCUGGCUGUACGCAUGCGCCAUGACAAGAUCGUGAUCGUGCUGAGGAACCGCAUCUAUGUGUACUCCUUCCCUGACAAUCCCCGAAAGCUAUUUGAGUUUGACACCCGAGACAACCCCAAAGGACUUUGCGACCUCUGCCCCAGCCUGGAGAAGCAACUGCUAGUGUUCCCAGGACACAAGUGUGGAAGUCUACAACUUGUGGACCUGGCAAGCACAAAGCCUGGCACUUCUUCUGCACCAUUUACCAUCAAUGCCCAUCAGAGUGAUGUGGCCUGUGUGUCCCUGAAUCAGCCAGGCACCGUAGUAGCGUCAGCCUCGCAGAAAGGCACUCUCAUUCGCCUUUUUGACACUCAGUCCAAGGAGAAACUGGUGGAGCUGCGCCGAGGCACAGACCCCGCCACUCUAUACUGCAUUAACUUCAGCCACGACUCCUCCUUCCUCUGCGCUUCCAGUGAUAAGGGCACUGUUCAUAUCUUUGCUCUCAAGGAUACCCGUCUCAACCGUCGCUCUGCGCUGGCUCGUGUGGGCAAGGUGGGCCCUAUGAUUGGGCAGUACGUGGACUCUCAGUGGAGCCUGGCGAGCUUUACUGUGCCUGCUGAGUCAGCUUGCAUCUGCGCCUUUGGUCGCAAUACUUCCAAGAAUGUCAACUCUGUAAUUGCCAUCUGCGUAGAUGGGACCUUCCACAAAUAUGUCUUCACUCCUGAUGGAAACUGCAACAGAGAGGCAUUUGAUGUGUAUCUUGACAUCUGUGAUGAUGAUGACUUUUAAGGACCCUGGGGGCUGUGCUAGGAACCUGCAAUAGCACACUUCAGAGCCUGAGCUUGGGGGCUGAGGGAGUCCUGUGAAAGCCACCAGCCAGCAAGCAUGAAUGAAGCCUGGGCCCACUCUCCACUCAAGCAGAGCUAUGUCUAAAUAAAUAGCUCACUUCCCCAGAGCACUUCUUUAGAACUGUUACCAAAGGGCCAGACUAGGAACCUGGGUUAUAGGAGAUUCCCUGGAGCUCCCAACCUCAAGAAGAUUGCCAGGGACCUAAAGAAAAUAUCCCUAAUCCAACCCGGGGAUUUAAAAACUUACUAGAAAGAUAUUUCUGAUGUGAUGAAAUGAAUAAAAGGCCCUUAACAGGCA